AUGCUCAUUCCUUUCUCCAUCGCAGGGAAACUCUUUGCUUUCCACAGGCCCUAUCCUACUGAGGAGAAUCACCCCCAAAAGGUUAAUCAGUUCCUCCCCUGUUUUUCCUCCACUGCACCCUUAGCCCUUACUCUUGCUAAACCUAUUUCAGCUAGGUUUAUGGUUUCUGGCGCCCACAUCUUCUGUUCCAUUCCCCCCGCCAAACACUGCAACAUACUUUACUUGGCUCGACAAGGUCCAGGCACAAAAACGAACUCAAUGGGAGCAUAUCAAGGAGGACUCAUCAGAUCGAACCUAACUUCGUCAUGUCCUCGAUCUUCUUUUAGGAAGGUUCGACCAACACCUUCCAAUUCCCAUGUGGGAUGUUGA